AUGGAUCAAGACUUUCAAGAAGUUCUUGGGCGCGGGAAACGACCGAAGAAUGUUGAGCUCAUGAAUGCUCUUAUCCAAGCUGAAGGCGAAGACAAGGAUCAACCCUCGCGCCGUCCCCGCUGUCCCUGCCGUCCCUGUCGUGUCCCCCGAAAGAAAACUAUUCCCAGUGUCGACAACGACAAUUAUUUUUCAUGUCUUCCAGUUGAGGAGGCCUCCGACGUUGAUGAUGCUGAUUUCACUCAGGGCUCUGAGUCAUCUUCGUCAACCUCAGACUCAGACAACAACAUCCAGGACCAUGAGAUCUCCAAUGCGGAGCUUGCAAUGAUAUUACCUAUGAAGACUGUCCCACCUUGUGGUGGCAACACCGAUCACGAUGCUCGUCAUCUCCGCAAGAAAACCAGCUCGAAAUCUAAGCGCAAGACUACUAUCAGAAAUUCUUCAGCUGCCAACAGACCUCAGCUGUCUAAGCGAGCUCGGGUGGUCUUCAACUCACCAAAUGCCUCUUACGUAGUCUUACCUUCACACCCAUUUCAUUUUAUUAACUUAUAUCUCCAAGGCCGCGAGCUUGAUUAUCGCAAAGUCAUCCAUGGCUUCGUUGCAAAGACACGGGAUCUUCGCCACUACGAGUUGACACCAGAGGACUGGAGUGCAAUCCAGCUCGUCUCGCACUGGCUUAAGGCGCGCAGUUACAUGUCGCUUUCCGUCAAGUCCACCUGGGAGUCCUCAAUCACCAAACAUAGCCGAAUCAUACGAUCAGUUUGA